AUGCAGUCCCUGAACGUCACCCCCGAGCAGCUGUCCCGGCUGCUGCGGGACCACAACCUGAGCCGCGAGCAGUUCAUCGCGCGCUACGGGCUGCGGCCGCUGGUCUACACGCCCGAGCUGCCGGGGCGCGCCAAGCUGGCCUUGGUUCUCACGGGCGUGCUCAUCUUUGCCCUGGCGCUCUUCGGCAACGCGCUGGUGGUCUACGUGGUGACCCGCCGCAGGGCCAUGCGCACCGUCACCAACAUCUUCAUCUGCUCCCUGGCGCUUAGCGACCUGCUCAUCGCCUUCUUCUGCAUCCCGGUCACCAUGCUCCAGAACAUCUCCGACACCUGGCUGGGAGGUGCCUUCAUUUGCAAGAUGCUGCCAUUUGUCCAGUCUACUGCUGUCGUGACAGAAAUUCUCACCAUGACCUGUAUUGCUGCAGAAAGACACCAGGGACUUGUGCAUCCUUUUAAAAUGAAGGGACAAUACACCAACAGGAGAGCUUUCACCAUGUUAGGUGUGGUCUGGCUGGUGGCAGUCAUCGUGGGAUCGCCCAUGUGGCACGUGCAACGCCUUGAGAUUAAGUAUGAUUUCUUAUAUGAAAAAGAACACAUCUGCUGUUUGGAAGAGUGGGCCAGCCCUGCACACCAGAAGAUCUAUACCACCUUCAUCCUCGUCAUCCUCUUCCUCCUGCCUCUUAUGCUGAUGCUUAUCCUAUACAGUAAAAUUGGUUAUGAACUUUGGAUAAAGAAAAGAGUGGGGGAUUGCUCAGUGCUUCGAACUAUUCAUGGAAAAGAAAUGUCAAAAAUAACCAGGAAGAAGAAGCGAGCUGUCAUUAUGAUGGUGACAGUAGUGGCUCUCUUUGCUGUGUGCUGGGCACCUUUCCAUGUUGUUCACAUGAUGAUGGAAUACAGCAAUUUUGAAAAGGAAUAUGAUGAUGUCACAAUCAAGAUGAUUUUUGCUAUAGUGCAAAUAAUUGGAUUUUCCAAUUCCAUCUGUAAUCCCAUUGUUUACGCAUUUAUGAAUGAAAACUUCAAAAAAAAUUUUGUAUCUGCAGUUUGUUAUUGCAUAGUAAAAGAAACCUUAUCUCCAGCACGUAGGCAUGGAAAUUCAGGAAUUACAAUGAUGCAGAAGAAAGCAAUAUUUUCCCGAAGAGAGAAUCCUGUAGAGGAGACCAAAGGAGAAGCUUUCAGUGAUGGCAACAUUGAAGUCAAAUUAUGUGAACAACCAGAGGGGAAAAAAUAUCUCAAGUGA